AUGAUAACUUUUCCUUUAAUAAUUAUUUUUUUUAAAAUUUUUAAUAUUGUUACAGGAACUAAUAAAUCAACCAUCAGUAAUAAUGAGAGUCAACGACAAAAAAGAGGAAUUUUAAAUGAUCCAUCAUUUAUUUGGAAAGAGAAAGAAAUUUUUUUUUAUGUUGAUCCUAUGUUAGAAUAUACUGAUGUUAAAGUGGCACUUAAUAGAAUCGCAAAAGAAACAUGUUUAAGAUUUAAACGAGUAAUAGAUUAUAGACAAUCUUUGUUUGCUUAUAUACCUGGAAAAUUUUUUGAAACAAAUUUAGGAAAAAGAAAUGAAAUUCCUCAUAAAAUAUUUGUAUCAAUAUAUGUAAGAGAUGCUGGAAAAAUUAUUCGAGAAACAAUGCGUGCAUUAGGUGUUGAUUAUGAACAUAAUAGAAUUGAUAGAAAUAAAUAUAUAACAAUUUCAAGAAGACAAAUAAUGUCAAAUUAUUUAAAAUACUUUGAUUUAAGAUUUGAAAGAAUGACAAAUAUAUACGGUUUACCAUAUGAUUACAGAUCAAUUAUGCAUUUUUCAAUAAAUGAAUAUGCAAAAAGUCGUAAUAGUGUUAUGCGAGCUAGAGAUAAAUUAAUGGAGUUACAAAUGGGUAAAUCAAAAUAUCUUACUUUUUGUGAUGCUAAACUUUUAAAUAAAAAAUAUUGUCAUUAUCCAUAUAUUCCACAUCCAUUUUGUUUAUAUGGUGGUUAUCAAGAUCCAAGAAAUCCUACUAGAUGUAAAUGUUUACCAUUUCUUAUUGGUAAUCAAUGUCAGAUUCCAUUACCUAAUAGCAUGUUAUGUACACAAGAAAACAUGUAUUUUGUAGCAGAAAAUGUAGUAACAAGAAAUCUUUUUAUAGCACGAAAAUGUUCAUUCUUUUUACAAGCAGAUUCAAGAAAAAAAAUUAGUUUAAGAUUAAAAUUUUCAACUACAAAUGCUCAACUUACAUCACAUUGUACUGAAGAAAAUAGCAUUGAAGUUAAAACUCAAAAUGAUUUGUCUAUUAGUGGAUAUUUAUUUUGUCCUAAUGGUAAAGAAUUACGUUUAAUAUCAAAACAAAAUUUAAUUUCAAUCAUAACAAAUGAUUUUCCAUUUCAUUUAAUUUUGGAAGUAAGUUAUGUUCAAAUUUAA